UUUUUUCCUGUGGCGCGGAAUUGUCAUCUCCUCACACGUUUUCAACAAGUUAAUUUUCUCCAAUAUGAGGUUUUAUAAUCAUAAUCAGUGUUAAUAAUCGGACAGAGAGUGUGUGAAGCGCACGAUGACGCAGAAAAAGCCGCUAGAGGUGCGCUUUGUGCCCGAUGAAGAUGUUCUGGAUCAUAUUGUGGAGAAACAGCAAGACACAAAGGCAGUGAACGGAUCCGUGCAGACGCUGGUGAUCCUGAAAACCACUCAGAAAAGCAAGAGAUCAGCUGAGGAGGAUGAUGAUGAUGAAGAUGAGGAGGUGUUCAGUGAGCAGCAGUAUGUGGAGGCGCUCUGCACUGCAGAAACAGAUGAGUGUGAGAGCGCUGGUGGAUCCUCCGUCUUCUCCUUCCAGACCAUCAAACGCAGGAAUAAAAUGGCUCAGAUGGCAUCUGAAUUGGCUCGUACUCCAGGUAAGAGUGUGAGCUUCUGCACAGACGCCGCCGCUGAAGACUCCAGCAAAAAAUCAGCCGCUCUGAAUAAAACCCCUCAGAAGGGCAAGAAGGUUCAGUUCAUCUCCACAACACCACACCGGCUGCGCAAGAGACUCUCAGCUCCAGCUCUGCGUUCAGACAGUGAGAGUGAUUUCUCUCCGUCAAACUCUGAGGAUGAAGAAGAUGAAGAACACACUCAGCCCAAAACCCCCAGCAAACACACACCAGCGGCAGCAGCGGCUGCGCUCUACAAAACACCCAGUAAGAAGAGCAAGAAGACAGCUGAGAGUGAUCUGGUGGAGGAGUAUUUCCAGGCUCACAGCAGCUCUAAAGUGUUGACGUCUGACCGCACGCUGCAGAGGCUACACACACCACAGCUGGACCGGGAAACCCUGCUCAGCCUGCUGGGUAAAAACACGCCGCGCUUCGCUGAAGAGAUCAAUCAACUCAACACUAAACACGAGAAGAACUUCAGACAGUGGAUGCUGCAGCUGCGCAUGGGCUUUAAUAUCCUCCUGUACGGUCUGGGCUCGAAGCAGCUGCUGCUGGAGAAGUUUCGCUCCUCGAUGCUCUCAGAUUAUGAUCAUGUGGUGGUCAACGGCUUCUUCCCCAGCAUCACACUCAAAUCUAUCCUGAACAGCAUCACGGUGGAUGUGUUUGAACACCAGGGAAGUUUCCGGAACCCAGCGGAGCAGAUGGACUUCAUCAUCAGGACCCUCAGAGGAGAUCCGUCCAAUCAUGUGUUCCUGAUCAUCAACAACAUCGAUGGGCCAAUGCUGAGGGGUGACAGGAACCAGCAGGCUCUGGGUCAGCUGGCGGCAUUACCCAACAUGCACCUGCUGGCCUCCAUCGACCACAUCAACGCCCCGCUGGUCUGGGAUCAUGCUAAGAUGAGCAUGUUUAACUGGCUGUGGUUCGAGAGCACCACGUACCUCUCGUACACUGAGGAGACGUCUUACGAGAACUCACUGCUGGUGCAGCAGACGGGGGCGCUGGCGCUCAGCUCACUCACACAUGUGCUGCGUAGCCUCACACCGAAUGCCAGGGGGAUCUUCAGAUUACUGGCAGAGUUUCAGCUGGAGAACAAGGAUAAUCCUGCGUACAGCGGUUUGUCCUUCCAGGAUUUCUACCAGCGCUGCCGAGAGUCUUUCCUGGUGAACAGCGACAUCACACUGCGCACGCAACUCACCGAGUUCAGAGACCACAAACUCAUCCGCAACAAGAAGGGUGCUGACGGUGUGGAGUAUCUGCUGAUCCCGGUGGACAACGGGACGCUCUCUGACUUUCUGGAGAAGAACGACGUGGAGUAAAAGAUGAUGAACUUUCUUAUCAACAUCAUUGAUCUGAUUGUGUGUUCAAGAAUCAUCAGGUUUGAGAGUCGACAGCGAGUGUGUGUGUGUGUGUGGCACUUCAUUCUGUAGCCCAAUCAUGUACAGUAUUCUGUAAAGCCUUGUAGAAUCAUAACAAUAAAUCUUAUAUGCAGUUCAGAAUUUAUUUACAUAAAAAAAUACAUUCUCAAAUAUAUCUAUACUGUAUUAAAGACAAAUAUAUACGCCAAUAAAGCAACACAAACCAUU